GGUGUGAGAGCGGUAAGAUGGCGGCGGCAGCGGUGGUGGAGUUCCAGAGAGCCCAGUCUCUGCUUAGCACCGACCAGGAGGCCUCCAUCGACAUCCUGCACUCCAUCGUAAAGCGUGACAUUCAGGAAAAUGAUGAGGAGGCAGUUCAGGUCAAAGAGCAGAGCAUCCUUGAACUGGGGUCUCUCUUAGUGAAGACUGGACAGGCUGCAGAGCUUGGAGGACUCCUGAAGUAUGUUCGACCCUUCUUGAAUUCCAUCAGUAAGGCUAAAGCUGUCCGUCUGGUCCGAUCCCUUCUUGAUCUGUUUCUUGAUAUGGAAGCAGCUACAGGGCAGGAGGUCGAGCUGUGUUUAGAAUGCAUCGAAUGGGCCAAAUCAGAGAAAAGAACUUUCUUACGCCAAGCUUUGGAGGCAAGACUGGUGUCUUUGUACUUUGAUACCAAGAGGUACCAGGAAGCGUUGCAUUUGGGUUCUCAGCUACUUCGUGAGUUGAAAAAGAUGGAUGACAAAGCUCUUUUGGUGGAAGUACAGCUCUUAGAAAGCAAAACGUACCAUGCCCUGAGCAAUCUGCCGGAAGCCCGAGCUGCCUUAACCUCUGCUCGAACCACAGCGAAUGCUAUCUACUGCCCCCCUAAACUACAGGCCACCCUGGACAUGCAGUCAGGUAUCAUCCAUGCAGCAGAGGAAAAGGAUUGGAAAACUGCAUACUCAUACUUCUACGAGGCUUUUGAGGGUUAUGACUCCAUUGAUAGUCCCAAGGCCAUCACAUCCCUGAAGUACAUGUUGCUGUGCAAAAUCAUGCUCAACACCCCAGAAGAUGUCCAGGCUUUGGUGAGCGGGAAGCUUGCACUUCGGUAUGCAGGGAGACAGACAGAAGCAUUGAAAUGUGUGGCUCAGGCUAGCAAGAACAGGUCACUGGCGGAUUUUGAAAAGGCCUUGACAGAUUACAGGGCAGAGCUCCGGGAUGACCCAAUCAUCAGCACACACUUGGCCAAGUUGUAUGAUAACUUCCUGGAACAGAACCUGAUCCGAGUCAUUGAGCCUUUUUCCCGAGUACAGAUUGAACACAUAUCUAGCCUCAUCAAACUCUCCAAGGCUGAUGUGGAAAGGAAAUUAUCACAGAUGAUUCUUGAUAAGAAGUUUCAUGGGAUUUUGGACCAGGGUGAGGGUGUCCUGAUUAUUUUUGAUGAACCCCCAGUAGAUAAAACUUACGAAGCUGCUCUGGAAACAAUUCAGAACAUGAGUAAAGUAGUGGAUUCCCUCUAUAACAAAGCCAAGAAGCUGACAUAGAGUUGGAUCUGUAGCGGUCCUUUGGAGAGUGUGUGUGGCGGGAGAGUGAAACCUUGGGGGAAAGUGCUAGGAGAUUCUUUUUUCUUUUUGUUCUACUUUUCGCUCAGAAAGUUUUUAAAUCCUCAUUUGGUGCAUCUGUAUUCCAGCCAAUCGGUGUGCCAGUUUUCAUGUAAUCUACUGGCCCAACUUGGGAGUGGGGAAAUUGCUUUAAAAAAAAAAAA